AUGCAGAAUCGGAUGAUGAACUUCGUACCGCCCGUCAGCAGAGACAGAGUCAUAAGCCAGUUUCCAAAGUGCUAUAACCCACAAGCCUGUCUGCAGAUGAAGGAUGACUGGAACUCCAAGGCAAAGACAGCCUGUAAGGAGAGAUUAGCCAAACACCAGGGAUGGGACAGACUAAAGAUGUCAAAAGCAGUAGUUGUUGGCGAUCUUAAUGUAGGCAAGACGUGUCUUAUUAACAGAUUCUGUAAGGAUGCCUUUGAUAGAGACUAUAAAGCCACCAUCGGUGUCGACUUUGAGAUCGAGAGGUUUGAGCUGUCCGGACUUCCUUAUUCUCUUCAGAUCUGGGACACUGCUGGCCAAGAAAAGUUCAAAUGCAUCGCCUCGGCGUACUACAGAGGAGCGCAGGUUAUCGUCAUUGUCUUCGACAUGGCCGACAUCAAUACACUGGAGCACACACGACAAUGGUUGGUGGAGGCUUUGAGGGAAAAUGAACCAAACGCAUGUUUUAUUUUCUUAGUUGGAACCAAGAGGGAUCUGCUGUCUGCAGAGGAACUGAAGAGAACAGAGAAGGAUGCGGUGAAAAUGGCAGCGGAGAUGAACGCUGAGUUCUGGUCCGUGUCUGCCAAAACAGGGGAGAACGUGCAGGAGUUCUUUUUCCGUGUGGCUGCCUUGGCUUUUGAAGAUGCCAUACUGAAGGAGCUGGAGGACGAGAGCUCCCCUUCGCGCGUCGGCCGCGGGGAACUCCUCGAUCUGAGGUACACGGUUCGAAUCCAGGCCCGGCCCGCUGUGACCGGAACCCCGGGGGAAACGCAGGCGGACACGUUCUCUCGGGUGGGCGUCUCGUUCAAGGCCGCUCUCCCUCUCGCUGUUGAGCGGCAGGCUGUGAUGGGCAGGUACCUGCACAGAUGUGGGUAG